AUGGCCUCCGCAUCAAGAAAAGAGAUCCUGGGGAAGGUGUACAAGAUGAUACCCCCAAUGCUCGAGAGCUUCCAUAAGGGUCAGCUCGGUAGAGUAGGAGUCAUUGGCGGCAGUGAAGACUAUACAGGUGCACCUUACUUCUCGGCGAUGGCCUCGGCCAAACUGGGCUGCGAUAUGAGCCAUGUCAUCUGCGAGCCCGGCGCCGGCGCCGUGAUCAAAACUUACUCUCCUAACCUGAUGGUGCACCCCUACAUGCGCCAGCAAAAGAACAUCUCCGAGAAAGAAUCCAUCGACUCGGUCGCCGAAGAGGUUGUCGGCAUGCUCUCCCGACUCCACGUCGUCGUCAUCGGCCCAGGCCUUGGUCGUGACCAAGCCAUGCAAGAGACCUGCGUACGCGUGAUCAAGGAGGCUCGCAAGCAGAACAUUCCCUUCGUCCUCGACGCCGAUGGGCUGUACAUAGCGCAGACGCAGCCAGAUCUGGUCCAAGGCUACAAUAAUUGCAUCCUGACCCCCAACGUGGUGGAGUUCGGGCGGUUGGCGAAGAGCAAAGGCAUUGAUGUCAGUGAGGGCGACCCGACACAGAUGUGCUCGAAGCUUGCAAAGGCAUUCGGCGGCGUCACCAUCAUACAGAAGGGCGGCAAAGACUACAUCUCCAACGGCGAGCAUACCCUGGUCAGCGAGGGCGAGGGCGGCCUCAAGCGCAGCGGCGGCCAAGGCGACACCCUUACAGGAAGCUUGGGAACGCUGUUGGCGUACAGGAAAGCAUAUCACGACAAGAUCUGGGACCACGACAACAGCCUGAGCGAGAUGGAGACCCUGGCACUUGCGGCAUUCGGCGGCAGCGCUAUCACAAGGGAGUGCUCGAGACUGGCGUUUGCGCAAAAGGGCAGGGCGCUGCAGGCGGGAGACUUGACGGAGCAUGUGCACCAGGCGUUCCUCAAUACCAUUGGUGACCCGUCUGAACAGAAGUAA